UUACAAGUAACUGCACACACUCAACUCUCUGCACUUGCACUUGCACUCUCACUCAUUUAUCGCGUCUACAGCUUCACUACUCGUCCCUCUCUCCUUGCGCCUGCGUUGCUCUUCUCACUCUCAAGAGAAGUUGGUUUCUGCAGAUAGAUUGGCGCAUAACCUGAUGCACUGCGUCGGCCUUGCCCCGUCACUGGCCGUAUACCCGAUCGCGUCCCGAAUAUCUGCGACGAACUCCUGGACCAUCAAACCCCCUCCGGGCUCCCCCCCUACGAUCCUUCAGCCUCUCUCCCAAAAUUCACCAUCUCGCGGCCUCAAUCCAGUCCGCCCGUGGCCCGUCGUUCUUGUCGUCGUUGCUCACUGCGCUUUUCCUAUUGUGGUUGUCUUUUCGCACAUCGUCUAUCCACUCGCUCGCUACUUGCUUGUAUUGUUCUUCUCACAGUCACAGCGCUCACCAAAAGCCACCAACACGGUGCCGAUCAGCUUCACAAUCAGACGAAUCUCCAGCCUCACGCUCUUCUCCGCGAACCAUGCAAAUUCUAUCCCGACCGUAAUAGUGAAAAGUGGAUUCUAUUUCCGUCAUUGUGUUCACUCCGGCGUACGAGUAACUCUUACUUGGGACUUGGUACUUGGUACUGUACUCGACACCUGCGCCUCUACCUCAUCUAAAAUCCUUCUGCACGCUCCUUUCGCAGUUCAUCUUUCACAACCCUCUACCAUUUGAUUUCUUUCCACUUCUUCAGCUUCACCACUACACCAAUCCACGCAGUCGAUAUCCCGCAGGCGGCGAAACGACUUGUGUUGGCUUCUAACAUUACAUUCUGUCAAGUUUCAUACGAUUGAGGCGUUUUUUACCUCCAUACAUUCUUUACGCCUGGCGCUUCCGGCAGGACCUUCAAUUCAUUUCAGUUCAUCUACUUAAUAUAACAAUUUCUCGUUCCCAAAACCAUCAUGGGUUGUUCAGGCAGAGUCAAGGAGGAGGAUCUCCGCCCCGAGCAGAAAUGGGAUUUCAUUGUGAGUGGCUGCCACCCAUUGGCGAUUGGGAAGGCAUGGUACUAAUCAAUUGCGACGGUAGAGUUUGAACGAUUUUAAAAAUACCAGUUGCUUCGGUCCUCUCGCAUACGCAUAUCUUUGUAUCUCGCUCCUCAUCUCGGUCGCAGUUUACGGCGUCGAUACCUUUACCGCAGUCAACCUUCUAGCAUUUGAUCGAUGGUCAGGACAGGUUCAACCGAAAAUCGACUUUGACGUAGGAAAAUGGAUCUUUUCAGUGUGCAUUAUUCUAUCAUGGGUCAACGUUGGUUACGAACACAUUCGGGCAGGUCGUGUUAUGAAGAGAGGCGCCGUUACGGAGAGUUUCUUGGAUUCCCUGGCUGUUCGUCUGCAAUGUAUACGAUGGGGAAAGGGUCGUGGUUACAGACGUUUCUUGGUCUUUGCUGAAUUGACAAAGAGUAAGAAGGGAGCCGAAUAUGUUGCAUUGUUUACAUAUUUCUCUUUUCAAGGUCAGCACAUACGCGAUGGCUUUUUAGGUAUCUACUAACCUCAUGAUAGCAUGGAUCCGAAUCAUCUUCUGUCAAGGACCCCGACAAGUCGUCAAUGCCUUUACUCUGUACGCUGUAUUCCAAGCCAACUUCGAUCUCAAAAAAGAUGCCGGUUCGACAUUGAUGACCUUCUUCAAUAAUCUCAAACAUCUCGCGGAACAAAGCAACCAGCAAGCACUCAUUCUUUCCGGCAUGAUCUUCACGUUGGUCAUUUGGGUAUUUGGUGUCCUCUCAAUGAUUCUCGCCGUAUUUUUCUACGUAUUUUUCCUUUGGCAUUAUAUUCCAAACCGAGAUGGAGGUCUAUCAGGUUAUUGCAAGCGUAAAGUCGACAAACGUCUAGCAUCCAUCGUAUCUGUCAAGGUCAACAGAGCAAUUGAGGAGGAAGAACGUCGGAGACAGCAAGGAAAUGCCAAAAAAGGUCCGAAGAAGGGACCAGACGGCGGCGACUCCAUGGCUGGCCGCCAGGCAACCUUACCAACACUCUUCGAUGAUAAGGCAGACGACAAGCUUCCAAACAUGCCAUUGAUGCGCGCCGAUACUCAAUCAACUCUGCCACUUUACACCUCCCGACCCGGAACACCAAGUGGACAGCCUCCUCUACCCUCUUUUGAGCUCAAUCAAAUGGAUCAGCGCAGGCCUUUCCCACAACGUAACAACACAAGUUAUGCAUCCAACGCUCCAUUAAUUGGUAACGCGCAAGCAAUGGCCGAUGGGCGUGCUUCUCCAGCACCAUCAAUGCAUGGGGAUAUGAACGGAUAUCCCGCGCCUCCUCCAAGAUCAAUGACUUCCAACACGCAUAGAAGCGACUGGAGUAGUUCAACUGGUCAAUAUGGAAGUCAAGUUGGUUUGCCACAACCACCGAGAAUGCCAAGUGCCUUUGGUGAUCGAGGUUACACCCAAAGUCCCGUAUCGUAUGUCGAGGGCAGAGGUACACCAGACACAUUCGGCAAUCCUGGUCCUCAAAGAUCCCACACACCAAUGGGCCCUCCCCCAUCGAUGGGUCGACGAACACCAUUCGAUCCACAUGGCGGACAACCAUCUCCUGCACUAUCUGGGCACUUCAAUCCCAACAUUCGUAGCGCAUCCGCCGCACCAACAUCGAAUCCAGGACCUCCACCCGGCCCUCAACGAAACAUGACCGCUCCAAUGGAUUAUUUCGGGAACGCCGGACCACAGAGACCGGGUACAUCCAACAGCCAGUUAAACGCCGUGCCUCAGAUCGCCCGACUUGCCAGCCCUGCACCAUACAACAAUUGGGGUAAUGGCGGCAGCCCUGGAUUUGGACCCAUGGGAUUAAAUAGUCCAGGAUACCGACGGAGCUAGGAAUAGUACAGUACAUAAGAGAGAACGCGCGACCAGCGAAUUGUAUAAUUUAUUAAGAGGGAAAACAUGGGACUUUGUUACUAUGGCGAUGAACGAUACGACAUGAUCUUGUUUGGCGUACAUAUGCCUGGACUCCUCCAUACAUAGCAUAUUGUUUUCCUUUUUUUUUCCUUUUGAGUUUAGUUUUCAUCAUUCUGCAUUUUAGGAGAAUACCCUUGAGCGUUUCAAUGUUUUUUUGUUGUUUUGUUGUUAUUUGUUCGCGCUGCUGCUGGUAAUUUUGCCCCCUCUUUUUUUGUUCUGAUUUCAUUUGAUCUUUUGAGUUUGGUUUGUUGUGUUUGAUGGGGAUGAGGGGAGGAGAAGUGAGGAAAGGAGGAAGGAGGUGUAAAUAUAGAGUGCGUGUUUUUAUAUAAAAUGGGGGGUGGAUAGAUGGAGAACGUUAGGGGAAGUGAAAGAAGGGAUUAAGGAAUUUGGUGGUUGGGGGUGCAUUGGUUGUUGAGAUUGGUAGUUGGUGGUAUGGUAGGUAGGGUUUUAGUGAGAAGAGAAUAAAAGGAGA